AAUUUAUGUCCAUUGACUGACUCUUACCAUAAGAACGUUUCAGAAUCUGCUGGCCAUAAAAAUAACGACACAACAACAAACUGUUGGCUGUGAUUUCACGCUUACCAAUCCUCAGUCCCAGCUAUCUCAAGCUCCUAAAUCUCCUUAUACCUAUAACCAUCGAGUCACCCAGAAAGUUUUUUCCUACUCUUACGUUACGUUGGUUCAGGGCUGUUGUACAGGCUGAGUGAAGAAUACCAAUGCUGGUGGCUUUUGGGGCACGCUUGUUAUUAUACCAUCCUGUGCCUCUAAUAUUUAUCAUCUUAAGCUCUGUGGGACACGGGAAUGCGGGGAUAACGAGUACUUUUAUUCGUUCUGAAUGGCCAUCGGUUGAUAUCCCUCUUGAUCAUGAAGCUUUUGCAAUUCCAAAAGGCCAUAAUGCGCCACAGCAAGUGCAUAUCACUCAAGGUGACUAUGAUGGAAAGGCUGUAAUAAUUUCAUGGGUUACAACUGAACCUGGGAACAGUAAAGUACAGUAUGGCACAUCAAAGGAGAAAUAUGAUUUUACUGCUGAGGGCACAGUGACAAACUACACCUUUUACAACUACAAGUCUGGCUACAUUCAUCACUGUCUUGUUGAUGGCCUUGAGUACAACACAAAGUACUACUACAAGAUUGGAGUAGGUGACUCUUCUCGUGAAUUUUGGUUUCAAACACCUCCAGAUAUUGAUCCAGAUGCUUCCUAUACUUUUGGAAUUAUUGGUGAUCUGGGUCAAACAUAUAAUUCCCUUUCCACUCUUGAGCAUUACAUGCAGAGUGGAGGACAGACUGUCUUAUAUGUUGGUGAUCUCUCUUAUGCUGAUAGAUAUGAAUACAACAAUGUUGGUAUUCGAUGGGAUUCAUGGGGUCGCUUUAUUGAGCGAAGUACUGCAUAUCAGCCAUGGAUUUGGUCAGCUGGGAAUCAUGAAAUAGAGUACAUGCCAAGCAUGGGAGAAGUUCUUCCAUUCAAGUCAUAUCUUCAUAGAUUCAUGACACCCCAUAUUGCAUCCAAUAGCAGUAGUCCUCUCUGGUAUGCUGUUCGACGGGCAUCCGCACAUAUUAUAGUCCUAUCCAGCUAUUCUCCAUUUGUGAAAUAUACACUUCAAUGGACGUGGCUGCAAGAAGAGCUAAAAAGAGUGGACAGAAAGAAGACACCUUGGCUUAUUGUUCUCAUGCACGUGCCCAUCUACAGUAGUAACCAAGGCCACUAUAUGGAAGGUGAAAGCAUGCGAGCUGUCUUUGAGAGCUGGUUUGUCUGUUCCAAAGUUGAUUUCAUAUUUGCUGGCCAUGUCCAUGCCUAUGAAAGAUCAUAUCGCAUCUCGAAUAUACACUACAAUGUGUCAAGCGGUGAUCGUUAUCCUGUACCUGACAAAUCAGCUCCUGUGUACUUAACUGUUGGAGAUGGAGGAAAUCAGGAAGGUCUUGCUGGAAGGUUUUGGGACCCACAACCAGAUUAUUCUGCAUUCCGUGAAGCCAGUUAUGGUCAUUCUACAUUGGAAAUCAGGAACAGAAGCCAUGCGUUCUACCAUUGGAACCGAAAUGAUGAUGGGAAAAAAGUACAGUCCGAUUCAGUAGUAUUUUACAAUCAGUACUGGGCAAGCAAUCUGCAGAGGAGAAGAUUAGAGAAGAGUCAUUGUAAGCUGUAGGAGACAUCAACUGCUGAAAUAAUUGGAUUAAGAUUCUUUUAUUCUUUGAAGCUAUCUCAAUCUUUCCCACUGCUAGGAUGCAUGGGAUAAUGUGUAUUCUCAAUAGGUCUUUCUUUUUUUGGAUUUGUACAAUAUAGACUGUUCAGACAAAUAAAAUUUUGGCAUUUGGAUGUCCAAGGAAACCGUCUUUCAAGCAUGCGAAUUUUAUACAUAGAUAUCAAAGAAGUUCAUCUUGUAGCCGUUGCAUAAUGUAUAGGACUCCAUUGUAAAGGUGACAGAUGAGUAUUAUCCAUUUUUAUGUUCUUGGUUCAUUGUAAUGUUAUGACUCCAUUGUAAGGGUAUAGUAGGAGAUGCGCUUAGCAGAAAUAAAGCAUUGCGUUUCUUCUU